GUGCUGGGUGGAGUUGAGAAAUUCUAGAGCUUCCCAUCCCAACAUCACCCCCUGGCAGAAGCUAGCUCGGUGUCUUAGGCUGUACAUUGCACCCAGUGACUGGCAAUAUGUCUGGAGUGAGGGUGGCAUUGGUCACAGGAGGCAAUAAAGGGAUAGGCCUGGCUAUAGUCAGAGCUCUGUGUAAGCAGUUCCAUGGAGAUGUCUAUCUGACAGCCAGGAACCCUCAGCUGGGAGAAGAAGCUGUGCAGGACCUGAAGAAGGAAGGAUUGUCUCCCCUAUUCCAUCAGCUGGACAUCAAUGAUCAGAAAAGCAUCCAAUGCCUGCGGGACUUCCUGAAGGACAAGUAUGGGGGGCUGGAUGUGCUGAUCAAUAACGCCGGCAUUGCAUUUAAAGUUAAAGAUGACACUCCAUUUGGCACCCAGGCUGAGGUUACUCUCAAAACCAACUUUUUUGCGACUCUUGACGCCUGCCAUGAGCUUCUCCCUCUCAUUAAACCCCAUGGGCGAGUGGUAAACGUAUCCAGUAUGGUGAGCCCCAGGGCUCUGGCACAGUGUAGCCAGGAGUUUCAGGAAAGAUUCCGCAGUGAUACCAUUACUGAGGAGGAGCUGGUAAAGCUUAUGGAGCAAUUUGUCGAAGAUGCCAAGAACGGAGUCCAUCAAAAGAAAGGCUGGGCAAACACCGCCUACGGGAUGUCUAAAAUCGGAGUGACCGUGCUGUCCAGAAUCCAGGCACGCAUGCUGAAAGAGACCAGAAAAGGAGAUGGGAUCAUCCUCAACGCCUGCUGCCCGGGCUGGGUGAGGACCGAUAUGGCUGGUCCCAAUGCCACCAAGUCUCCUGAUGAAGGGGCCGUGACCCCAGUCUAUCUCGCUCUUCUGCCAGAGUCUGUUGAUUCACCAUAUGGAGAGCUGGUCAGUGAGAAGAAAGUGCAGCCAUGGUAGAUGCCAAUUCCAAGUAUAUUUUGGUGAAUUGGUAAAUGACCAUGCCUUAAUCCCUGUAGGCCUUAAAAGAGGUUCUUUGAAAUGGUCCUUUUUUCUUUUUACAGAUGGAGGAUAGAUAAAAUUAACUCGCACAGUAGAGCUUUGUGAGGUCUGAUCUCUCAACUGAAAUUCACCAAUGCCGAAACCACUUGGUUUGUUGUGUAGACGUGACUAUAGAUCAGCCGUUCUCAACCAGGGUUCCCCCAGAGGUUGCUGCCAGUUUCUUGAGUUGUGGCCGAUUGGCCUCCUAUUUGUUCCUCCAUAGUUUUCGGGGCCAACACCACUUGGCAAAAUUACAUCAAUAAUUUUUAUUAGUUUUUUUUUAGCUAUCUGUAGAGGGGGGGGGGGGGCAUUCUGAAGACCAUUGUAAGGUUUUUAUUCAUCCUAAUGACUAACAUUGUUUCCAUUGACCAAGAUUAGUUGGUUUUAGUAAGGGUUCCCCCGAGACCUGAAAAUUAUUUUGGGGGGUUUUUCUGGGGUACAAAUGUUGGGAAAAGCUGUUAUAGAUAGUAUUUUUCCAGGAGUAUCUGUUAUGGGACCACUCCUGACAUCUCGGCUCAGUACAAUUGAUUUAAA